AUGGCUGCGCUCGCCGACGUCGACUCCUCGCCACCUCCGCCGUGCAAGUCAUCCAAAGGCAAGGCAAAGAUGGACGACGAGGCGGAGGCGGAGGGCGCGGAGAAGAUGUGCGGUAUCUGCUACGUCGACGGCCGGCGGGCCAUCCGCGGCGAGCUGGACUGCUGCGCCCAUUUCUUUUGCUUCGUCUGCAUCAUGGCCUGGUCCCGCGUUGAGUCCCGCUGCCCCUUCUGCAAGGCCCGCUUCCGCACCAUCCGCCGCCCGCCCGUCGCCGGCCGGUUCCCCGACGAGCGAAUCGUCUCCGUCCCCGAGCGCAACCAGGUAUACAAUCCUCAGGGAAACGGGAGCAGCACAGUGGGCGGAGACCCUUACGUGAACACCAUAUGCACCGUUUGCAGCAGCUCCAGCGACGACGAGCUCCUGCUACUCUGCGAGCUCUGCGACUCAGCUGCGCACACUUACUGCGUCGGGCUGGGGACAACCGUGCCGGAGGGGGACUGGUUCUGCAAGGACUGCGGGACGAUCAGAGAUGAUCAGUUGAGAUGGCAGGCUGAGAAUCAGGGUGAAUUUGAGAUCGGCAUCGAUGUUCCGGAUGCUGAGCCAGUUCCAGACCCCUUGGUUUCUGGUGUUGUGGAUGAGGAGCAUGAUCUGGAAAGGACAGAUGCGCGGAGUGGUGGCGGCUCGAUGGGUGACCCAGUUCCUUCCAUUUAUGACAUUGUGGAUGAUGAUUUUGCUGCCAUUGCUGGGAUCUCUAGGAGGAGGGUUCCUGAGGAUAUUCGACCCCAGGGUACUUCAGCUGGAUCUCAGUGUCCCAGAUCGACCCAGGGACGAGACAAUGGUCUUGCAGCCUAUCAUGCUUGCAUUCGCCUUGAAGUUGAGAGAGCUAGAACAUUGCGCAAUUCUCGCAAUCUUGAUAAGCGCAUAAGGGAGCUGCGGGAGAACUGGGCUGCUCUGCGUGAUGGUUCUGUGGGGUUUGCUCCGCAUAUGCCUGGCAGAAGAAAGAAGGAUAUGGCUGGUUCUGCUUCCGUUGCUACUGAGCAUCAGCGUUAUGCAGAGCCUGUAACUCCCAGUUCUCGAAAUGGCGCCACUGCAGCUUCUGUUCCGCUGCGAACGCCCUUAUCUGAGGAAACUCGUGAUGCCCGUAAGGCAUGGAAAAGGUUGGAGAUGGCAAAAUCAUCUGGUGGGAGGAAGAUAUCUAACACACCUGCCUCCCUUAACUGCAGUCCCAUAUUUUCCAUGGGGAACAGAUCGACUUCUUACAGUCCAAUUGAUACAAUUGUGGGACACGAGAACGUGAAUCUGCCUAAUAAGUCUUGUGAACAAAAUUAUUCAAUCUGUGGUCAUGGUACAAAAGUGGAACAUACGCCACCUGCGGAUAACUCUAGAGGAUGCCAUAGCUUGCCUGAGAACAGUCGUGCCUCGGUUCAUGAGAGGAUGGUUUCUUUUCAGAAUCGAAUAAAUCAGGAAAGCCUUAAUGACAAAGUUGCCUCGUCAACCCACAAUCGGCAUGUUGAUCAAUCAUUAGUAUCUUCCUGUAGCACACACAGAUCAGAAAAACUCAAAUCAGACAUACUGCAUCCACAAAAGUACAGUUCAUCAUCUGGCCAGUCAGCUGUGACUUCAUCCUUACAGUUAGGACCUAGUGUUGGAUCUGGGAGCCAAUCCACUAUGAUGGCAAACCCUGAGGAAUCUUCAGCUGUUUGUGUUGAAGGUAGUGCUGCAACCAUUGAAGUUAGGAAAAGUUCUAGUCCAGACCAGCAUGAGCGCAAGAGAAAACACAGUUCAGAAAGAUGCCAUGAUCAAGGAUCCAAAAGGUCCAGGUCAACCUGUAAAAUUGCAAAAAGUGAGAUUUCUUCUUUGGCCAUUCGUGAGUUGAAACUACUCAAGAUAGACAAAACGCAUGGUUCUGACAGAUUCAAGGAAGUUGCUCGGUCAGCAACACAUUCCAUCUUGGCUGCCUGCAGAUUUGAGCAUUCGCCAUCACAAUCCCUUGCACUCUCAAGACCUGUCUGCAAGCACAGCCCCAAAGUCAAACAACUGAACUCGUCAGCAAUUAGUGAUUUUUGCAGAGAAUGCUUGCGUAGCUUUGUUAAAGAAGCCGUCAGUUUGGCGUUGUCUGGCAGGCCGAUGGAUCAAACUGGUACCUCCUGUUAG